CAUAAAUUACGUUCGGUUUCGAUAAUGUGUGCGUACCUAGGUACCUUUAGGGAAGCCAACACGCCAUCCCAUCUACAAGAGAUUCUAAAUCUGGUGCCCGCGGACUCCUGAGAACUCACAUUUGAUAAAUUACCUCGCAAAAUGAGGUGUUGGCUACAAGAUAUUUGGAAGUAGUCAUUUUAAAUCCGCUAAAUCCAGACAUCAGGCCCCUUUACACUUGACAGAUAAGCCAACGAACCUAUCUAGCGACAAGAUGACGGCCACCACAUACCCCGAGUUCCAUAAGGAGACAGAAGCCUUGGACGUGGCCAAAGCUUUUGCGGAGGAGAUUCGUGGGAAAACCAUACUAGUAACUGGUGUGAACCGUGGAGGGAUUGGGUUCUCGACCGCGCAAGCAUUUGCUUCUCAAUCCCCUGCUCACCUGAUCAUCGCCAGUCGCACCCCCUCAAAGAUGCAGGAGAGUAUUAAUGAGCUCAAAGCCGAGUAUCCUACAGUCAGCUAUCAUGCCCUUACGCUUGAUCUGUCCACGCAGAAAACCGUCCGGGCUGCUGCCGAUGAGCUGCUUUCCUGGGAAGACAUACCUGCUGUCGAUAUCCUCGUGAACAGCGCGGGCAUCAUGAACAUCCCCGAGCGCACGAUCAACGAGGAUGGGAUCGAGAUUCACUUUGCUACUAACCACAUCGGCCACUUUUUAUUCACUUGCUUGGUCAUGCCCAAGCUUCUCAAGGCCGCAGAGAAGAAUCCAAAGGGACGUACCCGAAUCAUCAACGUCACCUCCGGCUCCCCUACCGUAGCGCGCCCGCGGUGGAGUGAUCGCAACUUCGACAAGAAGAACAAAGAUCUUCCCGAGGCAGAGCAGCCCAACUACCAAGUACAGAAAAUGUGGGGGGAGAUAGAUCCAGAGGAGAAAUCGUAUCUCUCACUCGAGGCCUACAACCAGUCCAAAGUGGCGAACGUGCUGUUCAGCGUCGGCGCGACGCAGAGGCUGUACGCCAAGUACGGGAUCCUCAGUCUCGCGGUCCAUCCGGGGACGAUCCAGACCGAGCUGCUCCGAGCGUACCAGACGGAAAAGUUGGAGGCGCUCAAGCGUAUGGAAGCCGCGGGGCGUCUCACUUGGAAAACUCAGGGUGGGGGAGCCUCGACGAGUCUUGUAGCGGCGCUGGACCCGAAGCUCGGGCUACCGGAGAACAAGGACGGCAAGGAGAACUUGGGAGCAUUUCUGGCAGAUUGCCAAAUCUCUGACAAAGCGACCCCGGAAGCUGUCUCAAGCGAGCAAGCGGAGAGGAUGUGGAGUUUGUCCGAAGAAUUGGUCAACCAGAAGUUUGCUUGGUAGUUCAGUUAUAUAACUCCGAUCAUUAUAUACCGAAACCAUAAGCCACAUGACGACAGCGACAAGGUACCCUAAGUAGGCAGUCACUGAAGUCGGCAGUCAUCAUGCAGCCACUAGGUAACUAUGGGGAGUGUGUUCCAAACAGUGAGAUUCCAAGGCACUGGAUCCGUAGGAAUGUGUACCUCGAGGGCUGUGCUGGCCAUGGAGAUAG